UGCUCACGACAGCCGCGUCCCCGCCGCGGGGAGCGGAAGGGGCGCGGCCAGCGCAGCGGCCUGCGUGCGGCGGGAUGGCGGCGGCGCCGCGCUGCGGGGGGUGGCGGCGGCGGCCCGGGGCUGCCCUGCUGCUGCCGCUGGCGGUGCUGCUGCUGGCGGGCGCGGCAGGUGCCGGGCAGCUCUCCAAGUGGGAGCUCCCGGUGCCCCUGGGGAAGAAGUUUUUUAACUUUGGAAAGAUUCUCUUCAGCAACACCACCAUUUUCUUAAGAUUUGAAGGAGAUGAGAAGGCUUGUGAUCACUCCCAAAGUUACAAUGUUACUUGGUACUUGAGAUAUUCUGAUUGCUACAAUGAAGUCUUCAACUUUGGGGAUGAACAGGCAGAGUAUUAUUUUGGGACUACGUCUGAGGAGCAUCUGGGUUGGUCAGGAUACUAUGCCAUGGCUUCUCUUUUUUUUCCAAACUGCUCUGAGCUCUUCAGGCCCCAGGUUUUCUAUAAAGAAUUUGUUCAUCCAGAGCCUCUCUCAGCUGAGAAACAAGAGGGCUUAAAAGAUAAGAAGGAGAGUGGAGCAAAUCACACGACGGUGGCAGAUAAAACAGCAAUGAAUGCUGUUAUUAAAACUUGGCGAGAUGGGCCGUAUAUAUUUAUUGUGCAAAUUGGAAUUUCAGCUGUGAAAGACUCUACUAAUAAAGUUAAAAGAAUGGAGAAAACAGCACCUUCCUCUAAUCUCAAAGAGAAGCUCUUUACAAUGACGGUAGAACUGAAGGGACCGUAUGAGUAUCUCUCACUUGCAGACUAUCCUCUGAUGAUUUUCUUCAUGGUGAUGUGUAUUGUGUACGUAUUCUUUGGGGUUCUAUGGCUUGCAUGGUCAGCCUGUUACUGGCGGGAUCUCCUGAGGAUCCAGUUCUGGAUUGGUGCUGUUAUUUUCCUGGGGAUGCUCGAGAAAGCUGUCUUCUAUGCAGAGUUCCAGAAUAUCCGCUACACAGGAGAAUCUGUCCAAGGAGCAUUGAUACUGGCAGAACUCCUUUCGGCUGUGAAACGUUCCUUGGCUCGAACUCUGGUCAUUAUAGUCAGCCUAGGAUAUGGGAUAGUCAAGCCUCGCCUUGGAGUUACUCUUCACAAAGUAGUUAUGGCUGGAGCCCUUUAUCUAUUAUUUUCUGGCAUGGAAGGUGUUCUUAGAGUCACAGGGUUUUUCUAUAACACUGUGGCUCUGAUAGCAAACUUGGCCCUGUCCAUGAUUGAUGCCUGUAUCAUUUUGUGGAUAUUCAUCAGCCUGACUCAAACAAUGAAACUACUAAAACUUCGGAGGAAUGUUGUGAAACUCUCUUUGUAUCGGCACUUCACCAACACACUCAUCUUGGCAGUAGCAGCAUCCAUUGUAUUUAUCAUCUGGACCACCAUGAAGUUCAGGCUGGUGGAUUGUCAGUCGGACUGGCAGGAGCUGUGGGUGGAUGAUGCCAUCUGGCGUUUGUUGUUCUCAAUGAUCCUUUUUGUCAUCAUGAUUCUGUGGAGGCCAUCUGCCAACAACCAAAGGUUUGCUUUCUCACCGCUGUCUGAAGAAGAGGAUGAUGAUGAACAGAAGGAGCCAAUGUUAAAGGAAAGCUUUGAGGGAAUGAAAAUGAGAAGUACGAAGCAAGAACCAAAUGGGAAUGUGAAAGCAAACAAAGUUCAGGAGGAUGACCUGAAGUGGGUAGAAGAGAAUGUCCCUUCUUCAGUAACUGAUGUUGCUCUUCCAGCGCUCCUGGAUUCAGAUGAGGAAAGAAUGAUUACACACUUUGAAAGGUCCAAAAUGGAGUGAAGGAGCAGCAAAUGGAGUUUUUGCUAUUAGACUUGGAGAAACUCUCUUAAAGUUGCUUGAUGGAUCAAGUGCAUCCUGCUGAUUUGUUUCUUCAUCUCAGCCUUGAGAGUUUGAUGCUUUAUUGGCAUGAGGGCAUCUUGCUGUGGAAGAAGUUCACAAAGACAUUGAAAUACCUUUUGGAAAUUUUGAAUUUUCAAAGUUGCUGCAAGUUUGGAUUUUUAAGCAAUUUAAAUGUAUACUAUUCCGGCACCUUCUGUAACUUUUCAAAUAUUUAAUCUGUGAAACUAAAAUUCCUAAUGUCUGCUUGAA